CCUCCCUCCCUCUCCCGCCCUCGCCCCCGCCGCGACGCGAUGGCGGCGGCGCCGGCACAGCCGCAGCCGCCGGCGGGCCCGUCGCCGCGUGCGGUGGACGAGUGGUGGUUGGAGUGCUGGCAGGAGUGGUUGGGGCGACUGGGCUCCGGCCGCCCGCGCCGCGCGCGGACGGGCGCGCCGUGCUGCGCGUCGGGCGGGCCGUGCAGCCCCAGGAGGUGUGGGAGCGGCUGCUGCCCGACGGCGCGGCCCGCAGCACCGUCUCCCGCGAGCACUUCGAGCUGGCGGGCGGGCCGGGCGAGCGGCUGCUGCUCGCAGGAACCUCAGCCUGGGCGGGACGUACCUCAACGGCGUGCUGGUGCACGGCGAGGCCGUGGCCACGGGUUCCGUGAGCCCGCGGCCAGCGGCGGGCGCGGCGCAUCCGGCGG